CUGUGACAUCCUUUGAAUCUCGAGACCUCUGAAAGCUGUUGCAUUGUUCAUUCAUUCAUCUCUUUCAUAUAUACUUGUACAAAAGGAGAAACUUUACUAAGUAGUGAUUCAGUGAUAGUCGCUGAUCAUCGAAAAAUCGUUGAUAGAUUGCUACCGACGACGACAAUCAAUUGCUGAAAUCUUACAUCGAUAAUUGGUUAACAUUUAUUGUGCCGGAUUUAAUCUUUAUUUUUUUAAUUUCUGGAACAGGCGAUAAAUCUAAAUUGAAAUGGUGUGCAAUGACCUCUGCCACCAAGAUUUAUCUGUAUUUCGGUGCAACACAUUCUGUUGCCUGGAAGUAUUUUGGAUACAAGAAGAAAAACAAAGGAACGCCCAGCAAACAUAACUUAAAUAUGGAAACCGCAGGAGUCGGCAGUUUAUUUGUAAAGGUCUACAAUGUAAACAAUAACCAAUGGUUUCACAAGCAUAGCAAAGCUCAGUGGUUGUUGUUUUUACAGUUAAAACUGCCGACUCCUGUGAUCAAGCUUGCUUGUUUUUAGUUCGAAUGAAUUCUAUUGAAUAUACACGUACAAUUUCUAUUUCAAAAUCGAGUGUUUGAAGUUUAUCAUGAUUUUUAAAAAAAAGUAUAUAUUUAUCUAUAUUUUCUUUGGCAUAGGAAAUAUAACUAACUCAGGGUUCCAUCUUGAAAUACAUCAUGGCCACGAAACUGAUAAAGCAGACAAAAACAAGUCAAAACACUGAUGGUUCACUUCAGAAAAAAUUAAUUUAAAAAUCAAAGGUGUUGAAAAUAAAACUGAUGCCUUGUUUUUUGUUAUUUUUAAGUUGCUAAACCACUGCAGUGAGCAACACCAGUGCUUGAUUUGUUUACUUGAAAGAAUUACAAUGUAACUAAAUUGAAUUCUUUGUAUAAUCUCAAUGAUGUUCGAUUAUGAAUCGAAAAGAUACCUCUGAUUCGAUUCGAUAAUAGAUUGUAAAUUUCUUCCAAUUCUAAAACAAAUACUAAAUUACAUUAUUGGCGACAUAAAAAAUACCUCAUAAACAUGAAGUAAAUCAAUGAUAGAUUGUACAUUCAAAAACAUGAAGGAAAAAGAGAUGAGAAAAGGAAAUAUAUAUACUAGUAUACAAUGGAAAUAAUAAGUUUGGAUUGUGAUGAACACUUAACAGUAGAAAAGGGACCAUACUAGGGCAGCCUUUUACGUGGUUUGAUGUUUGCAUAGCCUAUUGCAGAGUGUACAGGAGGUGAUUUCUGCAGCGAUUGUUAGGGUAUUCAAGAAUUGUUCACAAAUGUCUGACCUGGUGAGUUUUGAAAGGUUGAAAAUUUGUUUUAUGAUUUUGAGUUGAAGUGUGUGAAGAUGACUUAAAUCUUCUCUAUUCGUGUAAUUCCAAAGUUCACAGCCAUAGAGAAUGGACAGCAUGACAACUGUUGUGUAUGGAUGAUACAUUGUCAUAGGGUUUACUCAGGAUAUAUCCAUGUUGGAUAGGGCGUAAAACGAUUUCCACCCCUUUAACAAGCGUUAGAGAGUCUCGAGUUUGAUUUGGUAUUACUGUUAAUAAGAAUUCCAAGAUGGUCGUUAACUUGUCCAUAUUGUAAUUUGGAGUUCUCCGAGAAUAUGUCUUUGUUUGCUGGUUGUCUUUGAUAUUUUGCAUGGAACAAUGAUAUACUGGAUUUAGAAGUGUUGCAUUCAGAGCACCAUUUGCAAGCAGGUUCAUCAACUGGAGAGCGGAAGGGGAGAGAGAGAGCGAUGCAAGCAAUGUUAUCUGCAAGAGUUGGAGAAUGGUAAUUGUUGUCGAUCACCAUAGGGUAAUUAGUGUUGAGGAGUUGAAGUUUGUCUGACAGAUUGCUGAUUAAAACAAGAUACAAAAAGGUUGAUAAAACAUCACCUUGCUGGAUGCCUUGUUGAACAGGAAACCAUCGUGAUUUAGUCUGAUUGACAAUCACAGCUUUCAAUAUUAUAGUGACAAUCGUCAAUAACCUUCCAAAUUUUGCCUCUAAUACCUAAAUUGUGCCACUUCAAGAAGUAAGCUAAGUUCUGCAGCUUCGUCUAUCUCCUGGUAGACCGACAGGGGGACAUUGUCAUGGGUUUUUUUUGUGGGUAUUGUUGAAUGUUCGUUUGGCUCUUCUGUAUUCUUGAUAAGUUGUACUUCAUUCCACUACGUCUACAUUCCCUUUUCCAGCGACGACUCAUCCCUUGUUCUGCUGCAUAAAUUAUCUUUUACUGCUUUGGUCCAGCCAGGUUUUGUGAGCGCAUCGAGUUUAGGAAAGAGAAUACACUGUGACACAUUGGAUGAUAAAAUGUCCAUCAGUCUUAUUAGAGGAUUCAAUGUCUCCUAAUAAAAUGUCCAUCAGAGUCUUAUUAGAGGAUUCAAUGUCUCCUAAUAAAAUGUCCAUCAGAGUCUUAUUAGAAGAUUCAAUGUCUCCUAAUAAGAUGUCCAUCAGUCUUAUUAGAGGAUUCAAUGUCUCCUAAUAAAAUGUCCAUCAGAGUCUUAUUAGAGGAUUCAAUGUCUCCUAAUAAAAUGUCCAUCAAGUCUUAUUAGAGGAUUCAAUGUCUCCUAAUAAAAUGUCCAUCAGAGUCUUAUUAGAGGAUUCAAUGUCUCCUAAUAAAAUGUCCAUCAGUCUUAUUAGAGGAUUGAAUGUCUCCUAAUAAAAUGUCCAUCAGUCUUAUUAGAGGAUUGAAUGUCUCCUAAUAAAAUGUCCAUCAGUCUUAUUAGAGGAUUCAAUGUCUCCUAAUGUUUUAAUGUUAAUGUUUGUUUACUUUUGUAUGUCAGUGUUAGUACAGGAACUGUGUGUGUAAACAGGACGUAGUCUAACAUAGUUUGCUUGGGUAGAAAAGAAAACAAUUCAACAUGAACAGCAGAGUCUAUAGGGAGGUUAAAAAUGGCACUGUUGUACAAAAUUACACAAGAAAACAGAUUUGACCUUGUAUGUAGUUCACGAAACAGACUAGCACUGAAAUCACCAGCAAAAAUGACAUUACUAUACUAGAGUGGUAGUCACAUAAACUAUACAUAAUUAUAUCAAUAACAGAUUUGUUGUAAGAAAUAUCAGUAUGGUAUGGCAAGUAGAGCCUGAAAAUAAAAACAGGUGUUUAUGUUCUAUGUAAUUCAAUACAUCCAGUUUGGAUAACAUCAAUUUGUUUAAUCGAGAAUCGUAGCCUCUCUUUGAGAAGAAGUGCUACUCCAGCUUUAACACGUGUUGGAUGUACACAUUGUUCAUUACUUACAGGACUGGGUUCACGUUCUUUGAAUUUUUCUUUCAUUUUUAAUGUUAAACAUUAAAAACAUAACUCAUUUAAUGUUGACAGCCAAACUUUUGACCAUCUGAAUGCAAGGAUAAAAACAAUAUUUUAGCCUUAACUCUUUGUUGUGUAAACAUGCACUCAUCUUCUUAUGUUUACAAACAAACCAGUGAAAUGUUUAAUAUUUAUAAUUCAAAGCAUCUUAAUUUUGCACAGCCACACAUUGAACUUUUAGACGACCUAAAGAAUACUUGAAAUGUGAUAUAGUAAAUUUAAAUCGAUAUUCAUUUCUUUUGAAAACUUCAUCAACAAUAAUAUACCGCUCUGUUAACAAAACAAAUAAUAAACUCUCUAAAAUCAGCUUCUGUGAUAAUGUAUAACUUUUAAGUUUUUGGUGAAAACUUUUAAACACAUUAGACAGCAGAUUUUGAUUAACAUUGAAAAACAACAUUUGGGGGAAAAUUGUGAAUCAGUCCCUUUUAAGUCACAAUGAAUUUUUACAACUCUAAAACAAAUCAAGACAAAAAUUAUUUACCUGUCAAAAAUUAAUUUUUGAUCAGUAUUGACAUCCACUAGGAACAUCAUUCAUGUCCACUGUUUGUUUAAGAUGCUGGACACCAGAUAUUUAGUCUGUAUGCUCAUUAUCACAUUACAAGGAUCAUUCCAAUUAUCACUUCAUUUCUUUUUAAUACUACAAGCUUAGCCAUAAAUGAUUUGGGUACAGUCUAAAUAUUCUUUCAAAGAAAAAGAAAAGAAAAUAGAAAUAAAAUAAACUGUACAUGCAAAAAGAGUGUUAAAAAAUGCACGCAAUGUUGCUGUUUACACUGAACUGGGUCGCCUUCUGUUGAAAUAUUAAUUUUAAGAAUGUGCGAUAUUGUUAGAAAUUGGUACAAGCUUUUAAAUACUGAUAAUGGUAUACUUCACCCAUACUAUGAAUCUUUAUUUGAUAGAGGUCAUGAUAUGAAUGUUGAUAUGAAUUAUUGUAAUGAGGUUUAACAUGUAAGAAAACUCCUUAUAAAUCUUGGUUUUCACGAUGUAUGGAUAAAACAAAGUUUAAAUGAAAAUGACUUCUAUAUAAUUAAACAACGAAUAAUUGAUCAUGGCCAGCAAUAUGUUGUGGAAGAAACUUCACUCUCCUCAAAAUGUUUUUUUUUUUAUAUAAACAUUUGAUGCAUAAAUUUUAGUCUACAAUAUUAUCUAAGAAAACCUAUUCUUUUGCAUUUUACGAAUUUGAUCUCAUUGCUUAGCAAUAGAAGCAGGGAGAUUUAGUAAUGUUCAGAAACCUGAUAGAAAAUGUUUACUUUGUAAGAAUUUAAUAGAGGACAAAUUCCAUUUCACUUUACAAUGUCCUUUGUACACAAGUUUAAGGGAAAAAUUCAUCAAGCCACACUAUUGGGGAAAAAAAUGUUUAAGUUAAUUCAGUUGUUUACUGUUAAUAACUUGAAAGACGUGUAACCUUGGAAAAUAUAUACACUAGUAUUGAAAGUCGAAAAAACAAAAUGUGUAAUUGUUUUCUCCAUCAUAUGCAUACUUUCUUAUCUGAUAUGAACUGUGUUAUUAAUGAAUGAUGUAAACUGAUGAACUGUGUAACUUAAAGUUAACAAAAAAUUAAAAAAUGAAAUUAAUACAAAAAAUAAAAUAAAAAUGAAUCACAUGACAGAGUUCAGGUGUUACACCCAAGCUGAAAAGUGACAGACUGAAAUUCAGGUAUUGAUAAAAAUUAAUGACCCUAAUUAUCUAAGUGUGCAAUGUGCCAAACAGUUCCCACUCUGAGAGCACUAACACAAGCUAUGUGAUCAAGUCAUCCACAACAGUCCAACACUCCUCACAGUAAUUAUAAAGUUUGAAAUCACUACACACUAUCCAAUCACAACUAACAGUGGGAAACAUGUGAUUACCAAGAACCAAUCAGAAAAGAGGAUUCAUAGUUAUGGAUAACUUAUCCAGAAAUUAAUCCAAUCACAGAAAAAUCACCACCCCACUCUCCCUAUAAAUAUCAAAGGUAACAGUGAAAGAAAUUAUUCCAAAUAGUUUGAUUAUCAAGCCAGUUAGUACGAGAGAGAAUUGAAAGACUUCCCACAAUGGAGAUUAGUGCCCAGCUCGUUAACCCUGUAACAGCAGUGGAUCAGAAGCCCAUCUCUCCAUCCCUGCUCCAUCUUCCCUCCACCAAACUCCCCACUCUUCAGAUCGACGACUUCCUAGAGCUCGGGCUUGAUGACAGUUUUUCCGAUAUUCUGCCUCAUGUUGAAGAUGACUUGGACAGUCUAACGGAUAUCUUCAAUCCAUUACGCAACGGACCCAUGGAUAUUUUGAUUGACACCACACAAUCAUCAGUAUCAUCAAAAGCGUCCACAGUGAUCGCCCCUGACGCGAACUCUUCUUUGUCCAGUUCAUCAGAUGAAAUGUUUGCUUCUGAUUCUAGUAAUGCGUCCAAUUCCACUGAGUCUAAGGAUAUUUUAUCUCGUGCUUUAAAGUUCAGUGACCUAAGCUAUCUGGAUGCUUCCAGUGAGAAAAUACAACCUUCAGCUUCUAGAUCACCGAGUGACUGCUGUUUCGGCCAAUCACCAGUGUCUAUUGAUCCAUCCAACUUCGAUGUGGGUGUGUCCACUUGUCAGUUUAGUGUGUCACUUGAGGACUUAGUGCGAGAGCCAUCCCCGGUCUGUGCAGCUUUAACUCACAUCACUGAUGUGAAAUUCCCUACGGAGCCACACAAUCUGGAAUUUGGUCAGAAAUUUCAACCAAAUCGGAGACGACGCACCAACUUCCCAAAGAAAUCCAUCGAGAUCAUGGAAGACUGGUACGCCAAGCACCUGGAUCAUCCGUAUCCGGACUCCUUCGCCAUAAACCUGAUAGCGUUUCAGGGAGGAAUAACAGUGGAGCAGGUGAAGAAGUGGUUUGGAAACAAGAGAAAUCGCUCAAAUAACACUCGCAAUCUGACAGACAUUGCAAAAAAGAAAAGACAGCAUUCCUUACAACUGUUACAGUGAACUAUCCAUGUCAAACAUUCACCAACAACCAACCAACAUUGGACUUAUUAUAGAAAAUCUGUGAGAAAUAUAUAGAGCUGUGGACUUAGUGCUCCAACUGAACCUCCAAGUGCAACUGUUAUGUAUAUUAGUUUGUGUGCCAAUUUGUUAUGUCACUAAUGUUUUAAAUCUUGUAGAAACACGAUAUAAAACUGCGGGUUAAUGCAUGUAUUUCUUAAUUAACGCUGAUUGUUCAUUGUUGCCAGCAUUUAAUAAAUUAAUAACUUUCUCUAUUUAUAGUUGUAUCAUUUUAAGCUAAUGAGAGGGCAAGAAACAUUGAAAAUAAAGACAGAGCGUAGCACUGUAAAACAUGCUAAAUGUCAUACAAGGGAGAUAACUCACAAGAAUAGGAGUCUGUGACAUCUUUUGAAUCUCGAGACCUCCGAAAGCUGUUGCUUCGUGGUUCAUCCUACAAAACACCAACAUGUAUACUGUAUAUAGGAAAUACUUUGGCCUCAUUUUAUUUUUGCCCCAAUUGUCUUUGUUAUCAGUGAGAGAAUUUAAGACGGGAAAACCGCUCUUUUUGUUUUUAACACAAUGUGGGCAAAUCUAAAAUGGGGCAAAACCAUCUACAAGUGUAGAAAGAUAAAAAUAUUAUAGGGUGAAAAUCACCUUGUACAUAGCAAAUUGGAAAUACAUGCUACUCACUUCUGCAUGUAAACAAUUCUUUAAAUAGAAAAACUAUAACAGCACAACUAAUACAGAAGGACUUGAGCUACAAUGUCCGUAAAUUUAGACAUAGGUCCAUGGUCCUGAACAGUCACCCGAGUACCACACAACAUAAAACAAAAUUUAGAAAUUUGUGUGCAGAUCGUGCCAAUGUGAGAGUUUAUAACUCUGAGAACCGGAUAACCUUAUAAAUACAAUUUAGAAAUUCGUGUGCAGAUCGUGCCAGUUUGAGUACUUAUAACUCUGAGAACCGGGUCCUUAUGCCCAGGUAAAACAAAAGAUGUUUGAUUCUCCAACAACCUUUGUGUUAAGGAUGAGCCACACUCACUGCUGACCCAGUCAUGUUUAAAACCCUUAUCAUUCUAUUUGUAAACAUAUUCAGUAAAAUAUUCAUAAUCUUUAUUCAAACAAUGACCUUGACCUUCAUCAAAUGUCUUGGAUUCAGGAUCACAAUACAACAUUAAGGUCACAAGCAAAGUAUGACCUAGAUGUUUAGAUGUAAUGAGUACAUUAACAGAUGUACAAUAAAAUUAAUGCAGUUUUGCUUUAUGAUCCCCACUUUGGUGUCCGCACCACUGACCUUAAGAUUUUGAAUUUUUAAAUCGUGAUCGAUGUCUCAUACCAUUAUAACAGCACUGGCUAGAGAGGAAGAUAAUUGUGAUCGAUGUCUCAUACCAUUGUAACAGCACUGGCUAGAGAGGAAGAUAAUUGUGAUCGAUGUCUCAUACCAUUGUAACAGCACUGGCUAGAGAGGAAGAUAAUUGUGAUCGAUGUCUCAUACCAUUGUAACAGCACUGGCUAGAGAGGAAGAUAAUUGUGAUCAAUGUCUCAUACCAUUGUAACAGCACUGGCUAGAGAGGAAGAUAAUUGUGAUCGAUGUCUCAUACCAUUGUAACAGCACUAGAGAGGAAGAUAAUUGUGAUCGAUGUCUCAUACCAUUGUAACAGCACUAGAGAGGAAGAUGUUUAAGAUGUAUUUUCUUUGUGUGAUCUUCCCUAGGACCAGAAUAACCAGUGUUCAUUAUCCCUAUACACAAUCAGUUCCUGUGCGAGAUACAAUGGCUAGGCACUAAUACCAAUAGAUGCUUUUAUCUCCGUUUAAUGUAAAUCUUAGGUACUAUUAUAUUAUCAUAUCACCGCUACGGAGUCACUGUGUGAGCUCAUUCUCUCACGGAGUCACUGUGUGAGGUCAUUCUCUCACGGAGUCACUGUGUGAGGUCAUUCUCUCACGGAGUCACUGUGUGAGGUAAUUCUCUCACGGAGUCGCUGUGUGAGGUCAUUCUCUCACGGAGUCACUGUGUGAGGUAAUUCUCUCACGGAGUCGUUGUGUGAGGUAAUUCUCUCACGGAG